UACGAUUCGAACGUGUCCGUGUCUUAUUCGCACAUUUUUAUUAAUACUCCGAACUUCGUUUCCUCUUUUUUUUUUAACGCGGGGGCUUCGUUCGUGCACAGUGGUAAACCCCUUCUCCCUCUAACGUAUGUAUAGGGGAAACACGAGUCUCCUUUUAUAAAUAAUAUACGAAUCCUGAAUGAACGUUCGAAAAGGUUCGUCCAACCGUUCGUGUCCGUACGCGCGUGUGUGUCGUGUCCGUAACCGCGUGAAACUGUUGUAAUAUAAUUUUUUUACCAAAAAGUUUCGUGUAGUGUAUAAGGAGUGUGCACGCGGUGAAAUAUAUAUAAAAUAUAUCAACAAUAACAACAACAACAACAGUGAAAGAGAGAGUGUAUGUGUGCAACUGUGCUUUUUCGCAGUGUAAAAAGUGCAAGUGAAUAUUAUAUAGAAACUCCGCUCGCCAAGCCGACGACGACUUUCGUGUAGCAAAAGAAAGAGAGAGAAAGAGAGAGAUACGAGGAGAGAGAAAGAAGCAACAAGGCGCGCAUGGCGCUGGCGCUCGUUGCUCUGGCUACUGCUAUUGCUGCCGCCACCACCACCACCAGUCACCACCACCACCACCACUGUGCCUCCGCCGAGUCGUUAUUAUUAUAAUCCAGCCCUGCACACGGUAUUCUAGGGCCUGGGCUGGAGUCGACUGCAGCAGCAGCAGAGCUAGUAGUAGGCCUCUCUUCUUCGUGCAAAAACUGUGUCCGUGUCUCUCUCUCUGUGAGCGUCGUCGAGCCGAGUAUAUGAACUUUUAUACUUAAAAAAAGAAAUAAAGCCAAGCGAGGCCCCUCGCUCGAUGCGAUCAUGCAUAACUCAUCGCCGCAGUCGUCGUCGCGUGAGAGAGUGACGACGAAUCUCAGGAUCGUAUACAGUGUCGCGUUCUGCGUGUGAGUAGUCGCGUGUGCGUGUGUGUGUGUUGUUGUACCAGUGUACGUAAUAUAGCCUCGUAUCGUAGGCUUUUUUCUGCCGAGGAUUCUCGGUGGACACCAACGCCGGUGUGUGACAUUUUGUAUAGUAAUUGGAUACACUGCGAUAUAGAAUAGGAUAACUCGAGUGUUAUCUGUCAUUAAAUUUGACGCACAACAAUUUUCAAAGAGAUACACACGCGCACGCAACGUCUGUAUUGAGCCACAUGUUUCGGUUAUAGUUCGAUAGCUCGAUAACAAUUAAAAAAAAAAAAAGAGCCGAAACAGCAACAACGCAUAUAUACCGAAACAUGGACGGAAUAAGCAAACGUCGGACGUAUCUGCGCGAGGUGAAGCCGCACUUGAUAUGUCCGCUCUGCCGAGGAUAUCUUAUCGACGCGACGACCGUCGUCGAGUGCCUGCAUUCCUUUUGCCGUAGUUGCAUAAUCAAGCAUCUGAGGAGAGAGGCUCAAUGCCCGUCGUGCAAGCAGCUCCUCAACACAGCCAAGCCAAAUAUCAAAGCCGACAAAACCCUGCAGGACAUAGUGUACAAACUGGUGCCGGGCCUCUACCAGCUGGAGAUGAAGCGACGAAGGGAGUUCUACAGUAAACAUCCCGAUCACGCCGACGCUACGACGCCGGAACAGCGAGGCGAGGACGUGAGCGGACGCCUGAUAUUCGCGCCCGAGGACGCGAUAAGCCUGAGCCUCGAAUAUCUGCCGACCGGCGCCGAUCCUCUCCUGCUGUCCUCGAGCAUGGACUACAACAACGACAUCGAGGGAAGCAGCGGUAAGGACUCUGCCGCGGCUGCGACUCCCGACUCGGUCAAGCAGGAGCCGUCGCAACAGCCACCGAAUCAACAGCAGCUUCAGCUUCAACAACCACAACAACAACAAGGGUCCAAUGAUGGUGGCGGCGGUGCCGCUUCGAAUUUACGACGCUACCUGCAGUGUCCGGCCCUCGUCACCAUAGCCCAUCUGAAAAAGUUCCUCGCGCUCAAGUACAACGUCGACGUGACGAGAUUCAACAUCGACAUCUGCCACAGGCGGGCCUCGCUGCCCGACCACUGGACCCUCAUGGACGUCGCCUACAUCUUCGCCUGGAAACGAAACGCCCCCAUACAGUUCUUCUAUCGGAUAACUCAGGAGGUGCUCGAGGCACCGACCAGCGACCGGCCCUCGACUCCUGGCCUGGGAGCCACCCAGCCGCUCACCGAGCAGGAGGCAGCGAAGACCCCUUGCGUCGUCGACCCCGAGCCCGAACCCGUCAAACCGAUUCCCAAUCUCAAGCCCCUUCCCGAGUUUCCGGUCAUCAAGAGUAAUAGCAGUAGUAUUAGUGGUAGCGCGGAAAAACCGCAACGGUCGACCAGUCCCAACAAACGCUCCUCGUCCGGUUCGCCCAAGGAUCAUCGUCAUAAUAAUCAUCAUCAUCAUCAUCAACACGGCAACAGCAGCAAAUCGUCUCCGCCGAACCUGAUAAGAGCCGAGGAGGCCAUGAAACAAGUCAAGAGUCCCAUCAAGAUAAUGAAGAAUUCCGAGGGUCGUUAUCAGGUCUUGCGGACCGAUACGCCGCCCGGCAAGACGAGCCCGGUGCUGAACGAAAAGAUCCAAUCGGCGCCACCCGCGGAGUUCAGCGUCGUAAGUAUCGGGGACGGUGCCAACAGCAACGGCAGUGUGAAAAUCACGCUGAAGCAGUGCACCCCCGGCAACAGCAACAAUGCCGCCGCUGCUGCCGGCCCAAAGAAGCCAAAAGUCAUUAACAAUACCCUGCUAAAGAGUUCCGAUCACGUUAAUCGCAAUGCGCAGGGUGAAAAGAUGAAACGCAAGGUCUCGUUCGGUGCCGACGAGGCCGCCUCGUCGUCGUCGUCGUCGUCGGGCCCGACGCCGGCCAAGCAAGCCAAACGACCGGAGAACGACAAGAAGCAGUUUCUGCACAGCUUCCGACUCACGGCUAAGCACGGCCAGGAGGGGGGUAAGACGAAGACCAAAGAGGCAGUCCCGAGCGUCGAGGAGCAGGUCAGGAACAUCAUACGCAACGGCGAGGCCAAUCGUCAUCUGCGGAACAGCUUGAUCGAGGACUCGCCGACAAAGAAACGCCCGGAGACGACUACGACGACGACGACGACGACGACGACGACGACGACGAUCAAGCCGAUCUCGACGAACAUAGCCGAUCGCCUGGGCGAUCCCAAAGUCGUGCUCGAGAGCAAAGCCGAGAGCAGCGGCGCCGGCGGUGAUGCCACCUCCGACCAGUCGCCCGUGGAUGUUUACACCUUCCCGAGUUCUCCGCCCGUGCCGGUACCCGUUGGAGCCGUCAAGAGGAAGUGUCCGCCCGGUUUGCCCAUAUCCGAGAUGCGCAAGAAGCAGUCGCAGUUGAAUUUCCCGUCGAUCGGCAAAAAGACGACGACGACGCCCGUCAAUUCUCCGAAAGUCAGCGGACCACAGAUUCAGCAGCCUACUCCGCCGAAACCGACGAGCACCCCCAAGACUUCGCCGGCUCUGUUUAGGUAUCAACAAAGUGUGCCCAAGAGCACGAGUAGUAAUAGUGGUCAGAAUUCGUCGCUCGUCACUUCACAGGUAGCCUCAGCUGUAACUACAUUUUGCACCCCCACCAAUGCGGGUAAAAAUAGCGUAACCAUUUCGACUAAUACACGUAAUAUUCUCGACAAGUGCGGCCUCACGAUACCGCCAAGUCUGAGCAUUACCCUUAGUGGCCCGGAAACGCCGAGCCAAGAUAGCCCGGACAAUCGACCUCAGCCCCCGUCGAAUCUCAAUCCGAGUAUCACCUUGAACGAUACCUCGGUGGACACUAGGGUUCUGAAGGCGCUGAAAUCCGGUCAGAUUCGUCUGUCGCCCGUGACGAAUUUCAAGCACUCGCAGCAGUCCUUCCCGAAGAAAGAGGACAGUCCGGUCAGAAGAUCGACGCCGUCGCCAAAGAACGUCGCGGGCCCGAAUUCCGCGAAAAAUACACCUACGCCGAAGAACACGCCUGCGGGGAGAAGUACGCCUACGGGGAGAAGUACACCUACAGGGAGAAGUACGCCUACACCAAAAAAUACACCCACGCUGAAGAUUCCAACUCCAGCUUCAAAGCUCAAGACCAAAUCUCCGCCGAAUUGGCUACCAAUUUAUCCAAAGCCCAGCAAAGACAUGUCUCCGAAUUUUGGAAGCGGUCAGUUCGUGACGCUUCAAGGUGGACAAAAGUUUUAUCGCGCUCCGCCGGGUUCAUUGACGCCCGCCGCCAAUCGAUUUCCAGACAUGCCGCCGCCACCUCGCGCUCCCGUUUACGCACCCGUGCUUUCGUCGGCUCAUCAGGGCGGUUCUCGACCAGGUGCCAGCUACGCCAAUAUUCUUCAGAAUUUUUAUGCCACUAAUCAAGCCCCGAAACUGGAACCAUUUAACGCGCCCGGCAAGAAAUUACAGGGACCGACGACGUCCAAGGAAGCGCAGAACCCUGCCGGUAAAACUCACAUAGGAGCGCAAUGCGUGCCUAUCAAGCCUUCCAGAAGCGGUCCAGUCGCGGUGCCCAAAACGCACACCGGCGUUACUAUCAAAGCUGUGACCAAUAGCACGGCUUCCGCAGCCGCGACAGCUGCUCCGAUUCCUGCGCUUUUAUCUUCUUCGACAGCAGCGUCGUCUGGUCUUAAGAUAACUAAAGUUGGCCCUCCAGCCAAGGAAAAUGAUAAUACGGCGAGCGAAAGCAAUACAAAUAAAACGAAAGAGCCCGAGAACAAAGAAAUAAAAGUCAAGGAAUUGAAUCAAGCUCCCAUAAAAACCGAGCAGCCAUCAGACCAGUCUUUGUCAGAGCAAUCUGAUAAAUGCUCAUCAUCUUCUGUAGUUAAUGAACAAGACGAUUCACAUCGCGAAUCAGCUAGUCCACGGGUAACUUCAACGGCUUCUCCGACUCCCCCGACAACAACGGAAAAUAGUAAGACUGAUAAUAAAGUAAAACCCGAAAAACCAAUUUCCGGAUCUGAGGUAACUAGUAGCAACAAAAGUCCUGAGAGUCCUGACUCUAGUUCAGGAGUAGAGGAAAAUGCGACUGAUAAUAGUAAUAAUGGUAAAACGAUACCCAACGAUAAAACAGAUAAAACGGAAAAAACUAAAGAUGACAAGACCGAUCAGACGAAAUCCGAGACGCAGUUGCCAAAAAUAAAAGAAGAGGAAAAAUCGGAGCAAUCGGAAUUAACCAAGUCCACUUCGAGUACCCUACAACAGCGAUUUUUAGCGGCUUUUCCAUCUGACGAGUGGUCUAACAAUCCAGCAGCAGCUGAAAGAUUCGGUGAUUUUCUAAAGAGCCUUUCUACCAUCAUCUGAUGUGAAUGAAAUUUCUAAUUUUAAUUGGAGGACCAUUGAUUGCAUUAAAUAACGUAGAUGUCAGUUUUGGUUUUAAGUGUAAAAUCACACGUAAGUUGAACAUUUGUUUUAUUUUUUAGUGACGUAACUAUAAUCAUUUUUCACUUACUUAUUAAUUUGUGUAAUUACCUUUCAAAAUAUCUGAGUACGAACAUGCAAGUUUAUACAAACGUAGAUUUAAGUUUUAAAGAAUGAAAAUUUGAUAACUAUGAAGUUAGUUAUAUGAGUAUAAGUUAUAGUGCGAAUUAUCUUGUGUGCAUAUUGCUUACUUAUCCACGAUUGGAAAAAAGAGAACGUGGAACAUUUGUAAGCUGCGGGGGAUGCAAGAUAAUUACUGUACAAUAUAAUUUAGUGAGUAAAAUUUUAUGGAAAAGAUAAUGUUUCGUUUGUAACGUUUAUCGCGCAUGAAUAAACAUCAUCUUUACGAUAUAUUUUACUGUAAACUUGUGUUUCCCCGCACUCCUAUCAUUGUAUAUCAGUCAUAGCAAGUUCAUCGCGAGCAUGGAGAUAAUGAUGAUGUUAGACUUCGUUAAGUAAAAUACUUAUAUUAUAUUCAUUGAAUAUAUACACACGCCAUGUCCUCGCCUCGGACGAGCGAACGUGUAACAUUUUUGUUAAUUCUCUCUUUGUUUCAAAGACUGCAUUUUGUCUAUUCCAACGGAGCUAGAAGUUAGAUUGAAGUACCGUCUAUAUGUGCUCGAGAGUAGCAAAAUCCCCCGAAACAUGUACUGCAACAAAUGAUACGAUACACAAUCAUCGAGAUCGACUUUGAUGAUAUCGACGCGUACAGAUUUUCUAUACUCGCGGCACACCACUCGAUUUGACCGGCUCCAUGAUACGACCAGAAGAAACAGAGCUCGCGGAAUGGAACAAACAUAAUUAUUUUUAUGUUAUAUUAACAUGUACAUAAUAAUAGUAGAAAUUCUCCACGUUAGACAGAGAGAAGUUCUUUUUUUUUGGUAUCGACUUAUUGUUCGCAGAAAAAGUUUGGCUUUAGAUACUAGUGCAAUGUAGCGCGCUUCGUA